AUGAAUAACGAUAAUAAAUCUAGUAUAUUUUGGGCUUCGGUAAAUAUGUUCAAAGGUUUCAUCGGUAUAGGUGUCCUUUCACUUCCAACUGCUUUUUCUAAAAGCGGUUAUUUAUGUGGUACACUUUUAAUGCUAGUAUGUGCAUUUAUGAUAAUAUAUUUAAGUUUAUAAUUAAUAUCAUUUGCAAAUAAAUCAAUCAAACAUUCAAAAUCUUUAGUAUAAUUUUGCGAAAAUACAUUAGCUUAUGUGGUAUUUUUUACUACAUAUUCAAAUUAAAUAUUUUGUUUUUUUUCAUGUGAAAGUAUUUUUUGUACUAAUCGUAAUAUUUCUUUAAUAGUUUCAAUAAUACUAGUAUUUCCUUUGAUAUUUAUACGAAAUAUAAAUAAAUUAAAAUCAUUGAGCAUGUAUUCGAAUAUCCUUGUUUUAACAUCUCUUUUAAUAAUAUCAAUUUAUUGCUUGAAAAAUUUAGUUUCUAAAAACUUCAAAAGUGAGGCUGUAGUUUUUAAUGUAUAAAAUUUUGGAUAAUCAAUUGGAGUUUUCAUAUUUACUUUUGAAGGAAUCGGGCUUUAUUUCGAAGUUAGAGAUUCAAUGUAAAACCCAAAUUAAUUUAAUAUAGUUUUGAAGUAUUCUUUUGGUUUAGCAUUAUUUUUAUAUUGGUUUAUUGCUUUUUUAGGUUAUCUUUCUUUUGGAAAUUAACUUAAGGAUUUAAUUAUAUUUAAUUUACCAGUUUAAAGUUAGCCUUUUUUGAUUUUUAUUUAAAUGUUUUAUUGUAUUGCUUUAUUGCUUUCUUAUCCAAUAUAAGUUUUACCCUUAGUUAAUAUAGCAGAAGAAUAUUUAAGGGAAAAAUUAAUUAAGGAAUAAUAUGGAGAUAAAAAAGAAUUAGAUAUAUAUAUGGAAUAAAGAAAAUAUGAAAAUGAAAUGGACUAUGAUAAUAAUUUAUCAUAUUAUAAUUAAAAUAUAUAAUUAAAUGAAAAAGACAUGAAAUAAUUAGAAUUUAAAGGAUAAAUAAUUCGUGUAAUGUUUAUGAUAGUUAUAUUUUUUACUUCUUUUUUUAUAAAUAAAGUUUCAAAUUUUAUUGGACUAAUAGGAUGUAUAUGUGGAAUUGUACUUUCAACUGUAAUUCCUGUAUUAGUAUGUAAUAUUUGUAUAGAAAAUAUUUCUACUUUUUAAAAAAACUUUAAUUGGUUUAUGAUGUUUUUGGGAAUUUUUUUUGGAUUAUUUGGAAUUUAUUCAAGUUUAUAAGUAUUAAUAAUUUGA